UUGCUAUUUGGCCCCGCAAUCCGCAGGACAAGGUCUUAGAGUUCUGUGAAAUGAUGGGAUUUGAUGCUGCGCAGCAUCUCCGAAUCCUUCCGUUGGAGGGUGCCCGCAACUGGUGUCCAACAGAGCUCAGUGUGCGUCAACUGUUCUCCCAUGUUUUGGACAUUUUUGGCAAGCCAAACAGGAAGUUCUUCCAGACUUUAGCGCUCUUUGCAAAGGAUGAAGCAGAGAAGAAGCAGCUCCAAAGCAUCGUUGAGAACAGCAAAGAGGGCGCAGCCCUCUAUCGGGAUUUGACUCAUGACUUCGCUCACCAUGCAGAUGUGCUGAAGAAGUUUGCAAGUGCUCGACCUCCCAUCGAACACUUGUUGCAGAUGAUGCCAGUGCUCAAGCCCAGGAGCUAUUCCAUUGCCAGUUCUCCCUUGAUGCACCCAGACAAGAUCCAACUUUGUGUGGUCUUGGUCGAUUGGACCGUGGAGAGUACCAAGGAGCUUCGCUUGGGCGAAUGCACAGGCUACAUGCGCACGCAGAAGCCUGGGGCGCAGAUUAUGUGCGCUGUAAGAUCGAGUGCCAUCGUCUUGCCUGAGGAGCCUUCCAAACCUGUCAUCAUGGCGGGAAUGGGCACUGGUCUUGCACCAUGGCGUGCAGUCACGCAGGAGAGGGUGAUGCAAGCGCGUCAAGGCAUCAAGGUUGGGAAGUGCAUGCUGUUCUUUGGAGCCCGAUACAAGCAGGAGUGGCUCUACAGGGAGGAGUUUGAGGGCUACGAGAAAGAGGGCGUUUUGCAGAUGCACACGGCCUUCUCUCGAGAGCAGGCUCGGAAGAUCUACGUGCAGCACAAAAUCGUUGAGGCCGGAUUUGAUGUGGCUGAGCGAAUGCUGAAUGAGGGAGGACAUUUCUACGUUUGCGGUUCCGCACGGCAAGUGCCUGAAGACAUCUACACCGCCAUGAAGGAGGUCAUGAUGGCACACCAAAGAUGUGCAGAAGAAGAUGCGGAGGCGAUUCUGUCCAACCUGAAAAUGGAGGGUCGCUACACCGUCGAAGCUUGGUCAUAAGGUCUGAGGUGCGUGAUGGCCUGAGGGUGCGUGAUGCACCAACAUUGUUUCGUUUCGAACGCCUGUUGAGGAAAUUGUGGCUCGCAGGGGUUCUUGCAGGCUGUACGGACAUUCUACACCUGCAUUCCUUCAUACCUAGAGGCACGCGUUUCAACUUUCUAAGAAGAGGGCUGAUACCUAACCAGUACUAGAGCCUAGAGUUCUAGAGGUCUUUUUGGUUGUGCAGUUUACUGUUCAUCUCGGAUUUACUGUUGACUGUUCAUCUGGGCCCUGUGUACAUCGUUAAUCCAGUUGACUCUAUGUCACAGAUCACUGGAGUCAGCUUUCACGAUCCAAUCGGAAGACGAGCAAAAAUGAGUGGAGUGGCUUCACAUGGCUUCGC